AUGGAGACGCCAGUUUUGGGACUUGAGCUACGAUGUCCUCAUCAUCUCUUCAACACUAACUCUCGUCCCUCUUCCUCUCUCUCCCUUCCCGCCGUCUCACUACGAAUCCUCGCGGCGUCGACUGCGGCGGCAUCUUCCGCCGUGGAAUCGCCGGCGACCGUAGCUGAGUCUCCUCGUUCGAGACCUCAUUCCAAAUCCUACCUGACUAGGAAAUCCGCUAUUUCUGAAGUAGAACAGUCCUCAGAUUUCCUCUCCUCUCUGCAGAGACUAGCAAGAGUUUUGAAGGUGCAAGACUUGAAUGUGAUUUUGCGUGAUUUUGGAAUCUCUGGAAGAUUGCAGGAUCUUAUCCAGCUCUUUGAUUGGAUGCAACAACAUGGAAAGAUUAGCGUUUCAACGUACAGCAGCUGCAUAAAGUUUGUGGGCGAAAAAAGUGUCUCCAAGGCUCUAGAAAUAUACCAAAGCAUUCCAGACGACUCAACCAAAAUCAACGUCUUUAUAUGCAACUCCAUUCUUAGCUGUCUUGUCAAGAAUGGAAAGCUUGACUCCUGCAUCAAGUUGUUUGAUCAGAUGAAGCGCGAUGGUCUCAAACCAGAUGUUGUUACCUAUAAUACGCUGCUUGCAGGUUGCAUCAAGGUCAAAAAUGGAUUUCCUAAGGCUAUGGAACUCGUCGGAGAGCUGCCACAUAACGGGAUACAGAUGGACGGUGUGAUGUAUGGGACGGUCCUGGCCAUUUGUGCUUCAAAUGGUCGGUGUGAAGAAGCUGAAAACUUUAUCCAGCAGAUGAAGGUUGAUGGUCAUUCACUCAAUAUAUAUCAUUACAGCUCCUUGCUCAAUUCUUAUUCUUGGAAAGGGGAUUACAAGAAAGCUGACGAGCUGAUGACCGAGAUGAAAUCAGUAGGAUUAGUGCCAAACAAGGUGAUGAUGACAACUUUACUAAAGGUUUAUAUUAAAGGAGGUCUGUUUGAAAGAUCAAGAGAAUUACUUUCUGAACUUGAAUCCGCAGGCUACGCCGAGAACGAGAUGCCAUAUUGUAUGCUGAUGGAUGGUCUUUCAAAGACGGGAAAGUUGGAAGAGGCGAGGUCAAUCUUUGAUGAUAUGAAAGCGAAAGGUGUAAAAUCUGAUGGCUAUGCAAACAGCAUCAUGAUGUCUGCUUUAUGUCGAAAUAAGCGUUUCGAGGAGGCAAAACAACUGGCAAGGGACUCUGAAGCCACUUAUGAAAAAUGCGAUUUGGUUAUGUUAAACACGAUGCUCACAGCCUAUUGCAGAGCCGGAGAAAUGGAAAGCGUUAUGCGAAUGAUGAAGAAGAUGGAUGAGCAAGCCGUUAGUCCUGACUAUAACACUUUCCAUAUCUUGAUCAAAUAUUUCAUCAAGGAGAAACUGCUCCUACUUGCGUACCAAACCUUACUUGACAUGCACAGUAAAGGCCACCGGCUUGAGGAGGAACUUUGUUCGUCCUUGAUAUACCAUCUCGGUAAGACUAGAGCUCACUCGGAAGCAUUCUCAGUCUACAAUAUGUUGAGAUACAGCAAAAGAACUAUCUGCAAAGAUCUGCAUGAGAAAAUUCUCCACACUCUAAUCCAAGGGAAGCUCCUCAAAGACGCAUACGUUGUAGUGAAGGACAAUUGGAAAAUGAUCUCACAGCCAACUUUAAGGAAAUUUGGCAGAGCUUUUAUGAUCUCCGGUAAUAUUAAUUUAGUGAACGAUGUUCUCAAGGCAUUGCAUGCUUCUGGCCACAAAAUCGACCAGGUUCAGUUUGAGAUGGCGAUUUCCCGAUACAUUUCGGAACCUGAUAAAAAGGAACUGCUGCUUCAACUUCUACAAUGGAUGCCUGGUCAAGGAUACGUUGUUGACUCCUCCACAAGAAACCUCAUUCUUAAGAACUCUCACUUGUUUGGUCGGCUACUCAUCGCAGAGAUAUUGUCUAAGCAUCAUAUACCUUCAAGGACAAUGACAAAAUCUCGAUCCGGGCCUAAAUUUAGAAGUAAAUAA